AUGGGUAUUGAUGCUAAAGAUGUAUGUGUUAUCGUCUGGAAAGUUAUCAGAUUUUCAACGAACACAACGUGCAGAUACGUGAAGAGAUACCCAAUUGCUUCUUGUGUCUCUGCGUUUGUGAUCUUCUUGUACACUUUCCUUCCUCGGAUCUUCUAUUUCAUGCUCUACUCUUCUCCGUUGAUAGCUUGUGCUUCCUUCUAUCUUCGGAAUCAUCUGAGUUCGAAGAUCGAUGAGGAGGAGAAGAUAACAACAGAACGUGGUGGGUUGUCCUUGUCCGAGGGAAGAACAGGGAAGGCUGAGUUGAAGCACCAAAGAAGUGUUCGACGAAACGCGAGAAGGGAAGUUGAAGAGGUUGGGAAAGAUUGGGACUCUUCUCAAGCUAGCGAGGAUGAGAGAGGGAAAGUGAUCUUAACAACUCUCUACGGAGAAGUACCACCGGAGACAAUCACUCCAGAUCUAGAGAGUUUCAAGAGAGACAGGACAUUUCUUGCAGCACAAGAAAGCUUUGUUGAGUCUAACCUUGACAACGAAAGCUACGUUGUUGUGGAAGAUCCUCUGGAGAGGGUUUGUGAUGGUGAAACCGAACUAGAAUGCUCAUCAUCAUCAUCGUCAUCAGAAGAAGAGGAAAAGGAAACAAACACAGUCGUAGUAGCGUGGACAGAGGAUGACCAGAAGAACCUAAUGGAUCUUGGGACAUCUGAGAUCGAACGAAACAAGAGACUAGAGAACUUGAUUACAAGAAGACGAUCGAGAAGACUGUUCUUACUAGCAGCUGAGAGAGGCCUGAUGGAUAUGGAAGUUCCUAGGAUCUGUAUAGGUCGAAACUAUUAUGGUUUCGAUAGAGAAAACUAUGAAACUGAUGGAGUUAUCAUGCCAGGCUCUGCACCUUCCGUUAUGUUACCAAGAAGAAACCCAUUUGAUCUUCCUUAUGACCCACAGGAAGAGAGACCUAACCUGACAGGAGAUAGUUUCCAGCAAGAGUUUGCUGAUGCUAACCCUAGUAAAGAUAUUUUCUUGUGUCGCCAUGAGAGUUUCCAUCACAGAGUCUUUCCUUCUUCAGAAUCUCAAAAUGACUCUAGUUUUGAGUCUUCGUGGAGAAAAACAGUUUAUGGUAAGCCUAAACCUCUGCAAGGUAGCAAUGAUCAACUUCCUCUAAUGAAAGAAAGUGAUGUGGAGGCAGGGGAAGUACGGAUAGAGACAGAUUCCAUCAGAAACGAUGAUGAUAGUGACUCUAAAACAACGCUUUCUCCACGAGAAAGAGAGUGUGAUUUCAAUGUUUCAGACCUGUCAGAUGCUUCUGAAACUUUCUACAAAUGUAAUGAGGAUCGUGUUGGUAAAGCUGUUCCGGGCUUGGUGCCAAGAAGCCGUGGUUCGAGUUCACUAGCGAAUGCGAGGCAACGAUACAUGGAGCAUUUUGGUUACAGCACAAAGAGAAGUCAUGUGCCGACAUAUUCAGUUGACUCUGAUCUUCAAGUUGAGGUGUCUGAACUCGGUUCACCUCCAAGUUCUGUUGAUGGGAAUGAUUCCUCUGAUGAAGAGAGAUCUUUGUUUAUUAAUGAAUCGGAGAUGCGUAUGUUAAUGGGGUUUAAUGGUGGGGAAAGUGAAACGUUGCCUGUGGGAAAAGUUGAGCAAGAUUUAAAUGAAACCAAGUCUUUGGCUUCUUCAGAUGUUGAGCCUAUGGUUCCUCACACUGAUGAAAUGUUCCCCAAAAGAGAAGAGGAUUUGAAGAAAAUUUCGGGAAACUCAGCUGAUGAGAUAAAGAUGAGUUAUGACUCUGACGAACCUGAACCAUCCGAGAGGACUUAUCAAGAACCUGAAGAGCUACGUGAUAGAAAUGACCAAGAAGUGAUGCAACAACUAGAGGAAGCUGAAGCGUCUGAUGUAAAUAACCAUGGAAACUCUGAAGAAUCUGAUACUUCACCAACAUCAGUAUUACAAGAAAUGUUGCCUCGAAGCCAAACUCAUUCGGAGGAUCUUGAUCAUACAUCACAUGGUCUGCGGCCAAAUGAGUAUCCACAGGAAGAAUCAUCUAGUAAUCAAUCAAAUGAACACUCUGACCCAACAGAGGAAACUAUUGUAGGAACCAUUUGCUUGAAUGCCACGGAAAUAGUUCAGGAGAAGCAAGAGGGAUCUGAAGAACCAUUAAUCAAAAAUGAGUCUAAAUCUGCAGAAGACGGCAUGUCAUCACUGUCCAUGGAUCCAUCAGCUGAAGAACACAAAAACCAUAACAAUUAA